UUCCUUCGAGCAGAAUUCUUUCCAGAAAGAUACAAGAAAUGGCAUCCGUCAACAAAUUCCCAAAAGCUCUAGUGCUGGCACUUGACUGGAUUCUGUACAGUGUUGGUGCUACAGACAACUGCCACGUCACUGUCACACAGCCCAGGUUUCAGGAAGCUGAACAGUCUGCGCACACUGCGCUCCUAACGUGUGCUUUCUCUGCCCAUGGAUGCUCCCCAUCUCAGCCUCAAGUUCUAUGGUUUCGCUUUUUCACUAACAGACAUGAGGAUCUGUGCACUCCCGAAUGCACGAAUCGUCAGAAGUUCCAAGUACUUGCAUCAUCACAGAAUAACUAUUCGCUUCAAAUCAACGACCUGACUGUAAACGACAGUGCUCUUUAUUUCUGUGGGAUAGCAUUUGCAGAUUCAGGCUCACCCCAUUCUAGGCAAACAGGAGAUGGAACAGUACUGACAAAAGGAGAGAGGCACAACACUGAAGAAUUCAACUCCAUGAUCAUCAUCUCAACGUUACUGCUUCUAUACAGCAUUACUGUAUUCACAAUCCUUACAGUCCACAAGAUAAAACAAAGGCUGCUAAACAGAAGUGGGAACGAAGGGCAGAGAACAGAGAACUGUAAAAUCAGUAGUGGCCGAAAAAUUUUUCGAGCAAUAGCCCAAGAACUUCAAAAGCAGCGAUAUGCUGAGCACUGCCACCAGCCCGUAAGUCCUUACCUAUAUGGGAAAAAGCAGACACACACAUACAGAUAAACUUCUGUAUUUAUAGACAUAUAUAAUACACAUGUGUGUGUGUAUAUAUAUAUAUAUAUAUGCACAUACAUGUACGUUUAACAACGAAGCCUCUGUAAGCUUGUAUUUUGCCAAGAAGUUGCUCCAGCGAGUUGUUCUGGACUUUGAUAAAAACAAAUUCAUUAGCGAUCAUUCUUGAAAAGAUUUCGUUUGCAGUUCCUCUUGUGCCCUCAGGCCAGGGUGGUUCAAUGACAGAACCGUAAGAAAAUUGUUUGAAAAACACUCUGUAAUAUUCUUACAGAUAUUUCCCCUCACUUCAACACGUAGCCUAAAUUAAGCAGUCAGUACCACUGGAUAAAGCCACACAACUUCAUCAGUCCAAAUUUCCAGCACUAAGUCUUGAAUGUCAAUAGGACAAAAAAGUUUUGCAUGUUGUCAAAGCUACAGAAGGCAACUUCAGAAGUCACAGUACUUGCCAGCAAAGAAAAUGGCUUCAAAGUGAUCCUUCAAAAAAUUCAGCUUCUCUUGAGAAACAUUAUAAAUUCUUCCCUAUUCUAAGCUUACACUGAACUACUUCAGAGAUGUGAUGCAAAAGAAAAAGGAAUAGAACAGCAAGUCAAGCCCUUCUCCUCUAAACAUUUUCACUUUACCUCUGUACCACCCUAAUUGAUUUCCUCUGUGACUAUCCCUUGAAAGACUUCAAGUCCCUGCUGACUUAAUCCUUGGUUUGAGUGUCAGAUAUGAACAUAGUGAAAAUAAAGGGUAUGUUUUAAUGCCUCUGUGCUCUCUGAAGAUUAAGAGAAGGCAAGAGGAAUAAGAAAUGUUUAGAAACCUGUAGGUACCAUACAGCCAGAUAGGUAACUUGAUAAAUAGGGAGGGAAGGUCUGCUGAAACAGUAAAGGGGUGGAAUUCACCUCGAAAAGGAAGUUCUGCAUUUUAAAAAAGCCAAAAACAUCUGCAUCAGUAAAUAAACACUUAUACAUUUUCCCUAGGAUCAUUUGGAGGAUGACACUGUUUAUCAGAACAGAUGAGCAUGUGCUGCACCUCCAAUUUGUUCGAUAUGUUUGAUGCAACUGAAGGGGCUGAUGAAGAAGUUAAGCUUUUUCACAGACUUACUUUCCUUUAAAACACAAGGAGAAAAAUGUACAGGGCAGUGUUCGUCGAGAGUGUUUUCUGAGCAGAUCAAAACCAACAUUGCUUCCCAUUCCACAAGAACAAAAACAGUGGGAGAAGACUUCAUCUUUUAGAAGAGAACUGCUAAUGCUUCAUAGAAACUUCCCCUUUCAAUUUAGAUUUAAUUUUAUGCAUUAUUACAUGAAUUUCAAUGCAUUUCUUGUAUGUGAAUUGUGCAUUUGUGUAAGAUAUACAUUAAUCAACAGCAACAAAAUAAACUCGUUAUGCAGUGACA